AUGCUGCUCGGGCUGGCCAUGGCAUUCAACGGACGGCUGGUGGCGGCAGCAUCAGUUGCACCGCAGCUGCGGGUCUUUGGCCUCCACGUCGGCUCGCCGGCGGCACAGGCCGGUCUCGACGAAGCCGUCCAGCUUUGGAACGACGUCAAGAGCAACAGCUCGUCCACAGGCAGCAUCGGGCCAUGGCCAUCGCCGGCGCCGCCUCCACCGCCAAACUCGGCCUCAGCGCCGUCGGCACUCAUCUUUCCGCUCGCCGUCCCACCGCUCCCGCUCUAUGCCUCGUGGCUCGGCUCGGCCGCACCACCAGACAUCAUCUCGGUCUACCCGCUCGGCCACGACGUUGACGACGAGACUCUCAUCGCCGGCUCCGUCCUCCUCAAUAUCACGGGUGCAUGGGUGGCGUCUGACCUCGCCGCCGACAUCAUUGGCCCUUUCACCAGCUUUGCCCUGCCGCUGACGGCGGGCUCGCACUCUGUCGCCAUGCACACCCUCCCGCUUGCCGCCGAGGCCGGAGCUUGCAUCUACUCCCGGCCCAUCUUUGCCGCCCACUCGCUCUCGCCACCAAACACUCUAGACGAGCUCCUCGAUCUCUGCGCCGCCCUUGUCCACUCCGGCACCCCGUGCCUCACCCACGUCUCACCGGACACUGUUCCACCCACAGACUACGUCGACUUUCUCGCCCUCCGCCUUCACGGCCCGGCCUUUUACGAUGCCUUUGUCUCGGGCAACGUCUCGUUCACCACCGACUCGCGCCUCUCGGCCGUCUUUGACCAGCUCCUUGCCCUCAUCGACGCCCAGGUCUUUGCUGCUCCGCGACCCGACGGGCGCCUUCCUUCCGCCGCCCUUCUCGGCACCUCACAGGCGGCCAUCGUCUGCGGCGCCCAUGCCGCGGCCGACAUUGCCGCUGCCGCCGGCAUCUCUCACCCCUCUCUCGGCGCCUUUCCCUUUCCCCGCGUCCACCCGACCGGCGCUGCACCGCCCUUUGCCAACUCGGCCCAGAUCGGCGCCGUCGUCUCGCUCCUCGCCCCGGACCACACUCUCUUUCCGGACACCGUCAUCGACCUGCUCUCCUUCCUGGGCUCGCACGACGCCGCCGCCCUCAUCGCCGCCAUGCCCGGCGCUGCCCUCCCUGCGCGCGCCUCAGUCGCUGCCGACGCCACGGCAGCGGCGUCGACCGCCGGCGACUCGCUCCGCUUCGACUUUUACAGCAACGUCCUCAGCGCCUCGAGCAUUCUCCCGCGUUCGGCCACGCUCAGCGGCUAUGAUGCCGUCUACCUUGAGUGGGCGCAGCUGCUGCGCGAGGUGUACUCGGCCGCCACCUCGUCCGACGCACGGGCCGCCAUCGACCGCGCCCGCCCCGCCCUCGAGGUCGUCCGCCUCGCCGCGGUGAGCAAGCUCACUGCGCCGCCGGAAAUCUCCCCGGCCGCCGGCGAGUACUCGGCUCCAGUCGUGGUCAGCCUCACCUGUCCAACGCCCAACGCCAUCAUCCGCUACUCGCUCUCGUCCGACCUAUCGCCGGACGACCCAGAGGCACCCAUCUACAUCAAGCCGUUUGAGCUCCAUGAAGCCGGCAUCCACGUGGUUUACGCCGUCGCAUCGGCGCCGUCGCUCGCCAGCUCGGAGCUGGCUGUGCGGACGUUCAACGUUGUGAGCGUGCCAAGCCAGGCAUCGGGCCCGCUCUCGACGGCGGUCAUCGUUGUCGUCGCCGUUGUCGUCGUCCUCGUCGUGUGCGGCAUUGUUGGCGGUUUGCUGGUGUUUGUAGUCUACCGGCGCCGCUUCCGCCGGACUGGCAUUGACAGCAACGCACCGGUGGUCAUCCGCGCCGACGAGCUUGCGCUCAUCGACAUCCUCGGCCGCGGCUCGUUUGGCACGUGCUACGUCGCGCAGUGGACCUCGUCGCGCGUCACCGUUCAGGACAUCGACAAGCUCUGCCCCAAGGCUUCGCGGUCGGCGCUCAAGGCGCUCGUCGCCGACGUGAUGACUCUCACGCCGAUGAGGCAUCCCAACAUCAACACCGUGCUCGGGCUCUCGCUCUCGCCGCCAGCGCUUGUGGUCGAGACCGCAGACCGCGGCUCGCUCUCGGCCGUUGUCCACAACGCCGAGCUGGCCCUCGACGCCUCCAUCGUCCUCCACUGGGUCUCGGGCAUCACCUCGGGCCUGCACUUUCUGGCCCAGGCCCACGUGGCCCACGGCGACUUUAACGCCACUCGCGUCGUCCUCAACGCCUCGUGGUUGCCGCGCAUCACAGACUUUGGCCUCCACAGCCUCAAGCCCGUGCCCGGCGAGCUCGUCACCAAUCUCGCAGCCGGCUCGUCCUCGAGCUCGGGCACGGCCUCGGCUACCUCGGCCAACAACUCGACCGGCAACUCGGCGCUUUCGGCGUCAGACGAGCCUACCACCAGCGAUCUCGAGGCCGGCCACGGCCCGUCACUAGCGGUCCCACUUGCCCACGCCGCCGCCCCGCGCGCCGCCGACGUCCGCCAGCAAGCCCGCAACAACUGGGCCGCAGGCUCAGAGGCCGGCCGGACCCAAGAGGCUGCCGCCGCGCUCUCGCUCUUUAUGGCCCCACCGGAGAUUCUUGAGCGCCGCGAGAUCCAUCCAUCGUCGGCGACUGAUGCCUACGCGCUCGGCAUGGUCAUGUGGGAGAUGGCGACCCGCAUGUUCGUCUUUCACGGCGAGUCGCCGCUCGCCAUGAUCAGCGAAGUCCUUGCCGGCUCGCGACCAGAGCUCGCGGCCGUGACCGACGAACUCGACGCGCUCCGCCCGGUCAUGGCCGCUCUCUGGGCCGCGUCGCCAGCCGAUCGGCUCACACUCGACGGCGCCGUCGCUCACCUGGCACGCAUCGCCGCGGUCUCUGCCACAGACAUUGUCUACCCAUGCCCGGCGAUCCAGCUCUUGCCCAAGCCGUCGACAACGCUCGUUCGCGUCGAGCUCCGCGAGGCCAUCGAGUCGCUCGUCGACACCGCGCGAAUCGCCACUUCGGUGCUGGAGGACUUUCAUAACGCCAUGCCACAGCUGGCGGCGCGGAUCGGCGCGACGCUCGUCGAGUGGGACCUCGGAGUCAUCCAUCUUGCGCUCGAUGACCUCACCGUUCUCCCCGCACUCAUCCACGCCAUCUCGGUACUCCAGACCGCGACCGGGCCCAUCACCCUUCUUGCUUCCGCCGGCUCGCUUGAGCUCUGUACUGGCGGGCGCGGCAUCUCGGGCACAGCUGUCGAUGAGCUUAACGUUUGUUGGCGGGCCAUGUUUACUUGCGCCAACCGGCUCUGCGACACCUGGCCACAGUACGGCGACGACGGCGGCGCCUUUGCCACCGCCGCAGUCUCGGCUGAGCUCGAACACCUCGUCCAUGAUGCCUCGCUCCGCUUCAUGCCCAUCGAGUACCCAUCGAACCUCCUCGCCGUCGACGUGGUCCAGAUCGUGCGCGAGGCCGAGGCGCCUGUCGAGCCACACAUUGCCGGCACACCCAAUGCUACCCGCUCGCGGCUCGAGGCAUCGCGACUCUCCAUCUCGCACUCGGUCUCAGAGCUACCCAUGCGAGUGCUCGCUGGCGCAGAAGUCGCUGACCUCAUCCGCGGCGCCACCUUUCGCCGCGUCGGCUCGUACGCCCGCGUGUACGAGGCUCAGCGGCCUACCGGCCCACGCGUCCUCAUCAAGCUCCUCCUCCGCCAGCCUGCCACCCCGCUCGAGCUCCUCUACGUCGCCCACGAAGGCGCCGUCGCUGGCUUUGUCCGCCACCCCACUGUCGUUCGGCCCACCGCCAUGUGUCUCGAGCGCCCGCUCGUCGCCUUUAUCUACCCCAUGCUUCCGGGCGGCUCGCUCGGCGACGUCUUUGCCGCCAUCCGCACCGGCAAGCGCCGCCCGCUCACAGACCCCAUCAUCCAGCGUGUCGGUCAGAGCAUCGUCCGCGCUCUCGGCAACCUCCAUUCGGCUCUCGGCCGCGGCCAUGGCUCGCUCACCCCUUCCAACAUUGUCUUUGACACCCCCAUCGAGUCCAAGAAGGCCACCGCCCGGCUGACCGACUACGGCCUCGACUAUCUCCGAUGUGCGCAGGGCGCAGAGACUCGCGUCCCGUGCCCAUCGUACACCUCGCCAGAGGCCCUCGCCGGGGCUCCACCCUCGCCCGCCGCAGACAUCUUUGUCCUCGGCUCCAUCCUCUACGAGCUCGCCACCUCACGCAUCGCCUUCCCAGGCUCAAACGUCCUCGACGUGUGUCACGCCAUCCGCACUGGCACCCGACCUUCGGUCUCCGCCAUUCCCUCGCUUGCCCUGGCAGAGCUCAUCGACGAGUGUUGGGCAGCAGACGCCGACGUCCGUCCUUCCAUCGAGGAGAUCGCCUCGGAAAUGGCCCGUCUCUGA